UCUUCUCUUUGAAGCAAACACUUUGGUUUUUUUCUACUAAACCCCAUAACUUUUAGUCCAUUAAAAACCCUUUAAAAAUCUUGUGAGAAUUUGCAAAAAAAAAAAGAAGAAAAAAAAAUGCAGGUAGUGAAGGAAUCAUCAUCAAGUAUGAGAAUUGUUGCCGGAGAAUCAAGAAGGAUAAUGGAGUCCGUUUACGAACGGGUUCGGUUCUUGGUUUCGGGGAAUGCUGUGGUUGUUUUUACCAUGAGCGGUUGCUGCAUGUGCCACGUGGUGAAGCAGCUCCUGUUCGGGCUCGGGGUGGGCCCCACUAUCGUCGAGCUCGACAGGGACUCCGCAGGGAAGGAAAUUCACGCCUUACUGUUCCAAUUAGCCGGGGACGGGCAGCAGCAGCCCGUCCCAGCUGUUUUUGUUGGUGGGAAGUUCUUAGGCGGGAUCGAGACGGUCAUGGCUUGUCAUAUAAAUGGUACACUUGUCCCUCUCCUCAAAGAAGCCGGAGCGCUCUGGCUCUGAACUCCGGUUUAUAAUUCACCGACUUUAAAUCUUGGAUCCGUUUCACAUCUCCAACAAAUUCUAAGUGGAAUAUCCUACUAUAAUGUUUAGAAUUUUAUACUAUUAGUAAAGGGCGACAAAAGAGUCAGACUGUGUCUAGUAUAUCCAGAGGCUCUUAUUGUUUUUUUAUUUAAUUUCAUUUUCUUUUUCUUUGUUGGGGAGGUGAGAAAA